GGGCCGGGUCGAGCUAGCGUAGAAACAAUAGGAUUAUCCACGGUAAUAAAUCUACAUUCAAAUGAAAAUACGAAGAAAACGGUUAAAAGUAAAUGAGCAAAAAUUAUGAACAAGUUGUUAGCGACGUCACAAAAUCGAGAAGCAACAAGUUUACUGUUGAAACAUUCAUACAUAUAUCCAUACAAAUAAAUGUGCCUGUGUAGUUAUGCUUGCCUCCGUGUGCCCAGGGGAUUGAUAAAAAAUCACAUAUCGUAAAUUCAACAAAGAUGCAACAAACAGCAAGCGCAAUGCAAAACACACAACAUACCAACAACUACAACUGCAUAGCGAACAAUGUAACGAAAAACAAUAAACACCAAUGUAAUCAAUCAGUUGUAGUGCCAACUAACGAAUUGUAUAACAGCUGAGUGUUCUUUCUACACAAUUAGAAUGAAAAUAGAAUUCUAAUAGUUUGCUUUGGAAUUUUAUGCUAUUUCAAUCUCCAAUCUUAUGCGGCACUCAUUGGAGACUACAGCGCUAUCGCUUCAGCAAACUGUUGGUGGAUGAGUUGAGCAAUUUUAGGCGGCAAAAAUGUGUUUGAGGCUGUAUAAAAAGGGCUGGAACUCGGAGAGCCAUGCACACAAAUGCAGUGUCAGUUGGUCGGUCGGUUGGCUGGUGUUCAAGCAUUUGAUAUUGGCCAGACGAAUAAUAGUUGCGUAUACGCCGUGUAGUAGAUUGUGAAAGUUAUACGGUGUUUGAUCGGUUGUAUAUGAGUGCAUAGAGUUCACUUAAAAUUCUUAAAAUAUAUAAAAAAAAUAAAAUACUUUAAAAGUUAUUUAUUUUCAAAACUCAUUUUGAGUUGUCUCACUGCUUCAGAAACUUGGCGAAUAUGUUGAAAAUACUGAAUUAUUUAGGAAUUUCACUGCUGCUAUUCAGCACGUGUGCACAGGCGCAAAGUGGCUACAACUAUGCUCGCCCUGAAAUUGCGAACGUCGCUGGAGGCGGAGUUGGCAGCUCGAAUGUCUUGCGUCCGAUAGUACCCGUCGGCAGCAACACCUUGACCGCCUCUCCGACUUCGCCUCUGGGUUUCCCGUCCACCGCUGGCACUGCUUAUGGUGGCACAGGCGGGGCUGCCGCUACACCUUUCCCCAGCUUUGGCACGCAGCCGUCGGCGCUAGGUGCUACUGGACAAGGCGCUUAUUCAGGUGCCACAAGUGCUGCGGCAUUACAAGUGGGCGGUGGUUUCAACGCGGCUAAGCGUCCUAUUUUAGCGGGACAGCAACGAAGUGGUGGAGGAGGCGUAUUCAGUGGUGGUCUGACGGGUAUUACAAGCGGUCAAUCGGCAUACGGCAAUGCACCACGCGUUUCAGGACUUAACGAUGUGGACUAUAGUGGCGAAGGCGAUUAUUCAGCCAUACCGGGUGUACCAGCCGUUGAUUAUCCCGUAUAUGCGGAGGUACCGCAGACAAAUUUCGAUUGCGCACAGCAACUGCCUGGUUAUUACUCGGACGUCGAAGCGCAGUGCCAAGUUUUUCACAUUUGCGCACUCAACCGAACCUACUCAUUUAUCUGUCCGAAUGGCACGAUCUUCAGUCAGGAGACACUCGUGUGCGUAUGGUGGAAUCAAUUUGAAUGCACAACGGCCCCUGCUCUAUACGGCAACAAUGCUUACAUAUAUGAUUAUGGCAGCGAACAACGCACUGCAGGCGUUUAUAGCAGUUCUGGAAGCGCCGCAGCAUUAGGUGCACGCCAACCGACCAGUUAUCCAGGCGCAGCUAGUGGCAGCAGCUUACGUGCUACAAGCGCUACAUUGCCCUCUGCUGGCGGUAUUUUCGGUGCUGCUAAUUUACGUCCCACCGCUUUCGGCGCUAUCCCUAGCACUGUGACACCAGUGCCGUCGACGGCAGGUUAUAAUGCAAAUACUGGUCGCUUUCCUACUGCCUCGGCAGCCGGCGGGCAGUCCUUUAAUACUGCCGUUGCACCGAUUUCUGUCGCGCAGUCUACGUAUGGUUCCGGUGGUGUUGGUGUCGGCGGCGGUAGUGGUGUGCCGACAGGCACGAGCAAUUCUAACGCAAAUAGCAAUCGCGAAUAUUUACCACCAUCGCAGCGGCAGCGACGUCCAUAAAUAUACGCCUUUAUUUAGUAGUAUAUAAAAAUCAACCUUCUAUAAUAUUAAAGACCACUGGAAUCUGUACCCGGUUUAUGAUGUCCCUACUCUCCCACGACCGUACUACUGCUUAGGUUGUACACCUUAAUUUUAAUAUCUUAUGCAUUGACCCAUGUUUAUUAUAGUAAUUAAAUAUUCAUUAUCUCAUCGAGCUCAUCAUAAAUAAUUUAACACUAUUCUAUUCAGAGGCAUGCCUGUUUUCGCUCAACUUCUACAGUUUUCUACCCAUACUUCGCUUCAUUAAUAAUAUAAUUACUAGAAUGAUUUUACAUAUUUUUUACAAAAUAAAGUAUUCAUAAAAACUACAUUUUAGACGGCUUUUAGAAUUUCAUAUAGAAAGAUAUAAACAUGUGAUACAAUGUUAGAAG